AUGGGCCCCGGGCUGUCUUCGCCACGUCGCGCCGCCUCGCGUCCCCUCCGCGCCGGGAUUCUCGACUCCGGGGCGUCUGAGGCGCUGGGCGGGCCCCCAGAUUCUACAUUUGUGCGGAAGAAGCUCACUUCCGCUACGGACAGAUCAGGGUUUGGAAGCUUCGUGGCUCCACUGCUUCAGCCCACAACUCCACCGACGGCGCCUCCGCCGCUCUCGCCUCCUCCGCGGGCGCUCCUGCCGUCGCCGUCGCUGCCGGUCCAGUCUCCUGCACUGGACGGGCGCCUCUCGCCAGCGCCACAGCCCCACCUCCGGCCACCGCCAUCGCCGUCGUCGCCACCGUGUUCCUCCGCGGUGCCAGAACCGAUGGACGCUGAGGCUGCCGUCACGCCAUCGCCGGCGCCACCGCCGUCACCCAUGGAGAUCGUUGCUCCACCUCCUCAUCCGAGCAUACACAGUGGCGGUGCGCGGCCCUGA